GUUUAUCACGCGCAUUGCGCCGCCACAAAGAGGAGACAAAAUAAUAAUGUAAAUUUUCUGUCUUCACGUACCUACAAUACAAAAUCGAGUGAAAAGACAAAACCAACGAAGCUGCAAUAAAUUUUAUUUAUUUUUUUUUGCGAGAGAAACUAAAAACUAAAAAUACACAAAAAUGUGGACAACAAAGAGUAUAUUCGCUCUAACCUUGGCUACGGUAUGUGCUUUAUACAUGAUCAGCCCGACAUCUGCCUGUAGUUGUAUGCCAUCACAUCCCCAAGAAACGUACUGUAACGCCGAUUAUGUCAUUGUCGCACGAAUUUUAUCGAGACGUGCGGUGCAAAAUCAUCGAUUUGUCUACAAAAUUGACAUUCGGAAGGAAUAUAAGAUGUCGGAAAAAGCUCAUCACUACUUGAAACACGGGCGAAUUUUCUCAGCUGGCAACGACGGGAUGUGCGGCAUCGAUUUCAAAUUGGGCGAACUUUACUUGAUUGCUGGAUCGAGUCCAAAUGUGGGCAUUUGCAACUACGUCAAGCAAUACUCGAAGAUGACGCUUGUCGAGAAACGAGGCGUUGCGGGCGGCUACAAGAAGGGUUGCGAGUGUAAGAUCAACUAUGGCUACAACAAUUUGUUCGAAAGUCGAAACCGCAUCGGAGGUUGCGAGUGGAAGGGACCCUGGAACGAAUGUGAAACGGAUUUCGGUGUCUGUGUGCCAUCCCGUGGCUACCGAGAUGCCAACAACAAACCGACAAAGUGCCAUUGGCGACGCAGUAACCCGUACAUGGCGUGCAUACGAGAUCCCUAAAUCGUUAUUUAUUGCGAAAAAUGGCUUCAUUUAUUAUUUUUUACGGUAAACUAAUAAAAUUACCAUGGAAAUAAAAUUCUAAUUAAAAAGUAAAGCUGACUUGCAAAGUACUUGUAAAAGUGUUAAUUUAAUUAAAAUUCUCCUUCAUUGUCGCUUUUCGAGAAAAAAGGCUUUAAUUUAAAUGUAAUUCAAUACCUAUUAAAUUUAUGCACGAUAAAAAUUAAAUCGUUCGUGCUCAUUCAUAAAUCCACAUUAUAACAUCAUAAAAAUAAAAUAAUCUGCACACGAAAAAAAAUAAGCCAAAUAUUUUUCUCCAAAUUUUAUCCUUUUCUCUUUGUAAAUAUUUAAUAUUUUAUUUUAUUAUUUUUAUUUCUUUAUCAUAUGCCACCAGAUUUCAUGUAGUACUCUAAGGAUUUAUGUUAAUUUAAUGAAUU